ACACAGUGGGUAGUCGACUGUAUUGGUUGGCCUUAAACUCCGCCAAAUAGAUCCUUUAACUGGUUUUAUUUCUCUAUGUUAGUGUAUAGUUAACCUACUGAGGAAAGAAACAACCCAAUCGCAAAAAAUCAAACGUACAUGGACAAUAUAUCAAAUAACAUUUUAUUUGCGGUAGGAAAAUAUAAUUAAUGAAUAUGUUUUCCGUAUUGCAUGUGGUACUGCAGUGUAUCUUAACGAUCGGACUCGCUGUUGGUCAUAGCGGUUCUGACGUCCAUGACGUAAUGACGCUAUUAUUUACGACACAAAAUUACAAUAUGAAAAUCCGACCUCUGAAAGAUCAACUGAUGGUGAUGGAUAUACAUGUGGAUUUCAAUCUCAACAGUAUAAUCGAGUUUGACGAAGCGAACGGGGCGUUGAAAACAGCCGGUUACCUCGUUUUAUCUUGGACUGACGAAUAUCUUCAAUGGGACAGCACGGAUUUUAACGGAACAGAAAGUAUUUUUCUCCCGCAGGACAACAUCUGGAAGCCGGACAUUUCACUCAAGAAUUCCGUUAAUUCCUUCACCAGUAUGGGAUCACCUCACCUUAAUGUCUUUGUAACAAGUACAGGAGGAGUAUCUUGGUAUCCUUAUCAGGUCCUUCAGUCCACAUGUGACGUAGACAUCCAGUACUUUCCAUUUGACGUCCAAACGUGUAGCCUGGUUUUAACCGCUUGGAGUUAUUACAAGUCGGACGUGACCCUCUACCAAAACUCGGAGAGCAUCCAUUUGGACGGAUACACUCCAAACAGCAUGUGGGACAUCCUAUCAACAGCUGCAAGGGCGGUCAACACAGAAGAAUCUGAGGUUGUGUUUGAAAUCAAGAUGAAACGAAAACCUGGAUUCUACAUCAUCAACAUUAUAGUUCCCGUCAUUCUCUUGUCCAUUCUGAACACGUUUUCGUUCGUACUACCAAUCACGUCGGGUGAGCGUGCCAGCUUCUCUGUAACGGUAUUCCUCUCACUGGCCGUGUUUCUGACCAUCGUCGCCGCGUCAUUGCCCACGAACUCCGAUAGCGUCUCCCUACUGUCCGUCUUCUUGAUCCUCAUGACGGCAUCAAGCACGCUUAUGGUGGCUCUGUGUCUAGUGCAAGCACGAUUAGCCACCCGAAACACGACUGACCGCCCUAUUGGCAAUGGAUUCUGGGCAGCGUAUAAAUUAGCCAACAUUCUGAGAUGCAGGACAUGCAGACGUACACAAGUGAAACCAUUAAUGUCGGUUAAUUUUCAAGAUGUCAACUGGAUCGAUAUCGUUGAUUCAAUGGAUUUUCUUCUGUUUAUUCUAUUCAUGACAUUGACCAUCCUGAGCGCUGUUAUUAUAUUUGUUACAGCCUCAAGCCACUGAAUUCGAAAUCAAUUGAAAUAUAAGGAUAAAAGGACUAUGUUUAAUAACUACAAAGUCAUCUAAUAAGCCCUUUGUUGUGAAAACAUAAAUAUCUCCAUUUUCCGUAAUCUUUGUUUCGAACACAUGCAAUUCACGGACAAAUUUCGUUUUGUAAAAUGCAAACACAACGCAAGUACCAUUUCGAUUGACCAAGCAAUAAAAUGUAAAUGUCCGACAAUACAGAAAGUUUGAAAGAUAGAUAAACAUGAUAUACUAAGUAUUUGUCAUAUUUGAAAAGAAUAAAUGUUAAACGUU